AUGUUUACAAGAGUGUUUAUUACUGUUGUAUUAUGUGUGUAUGUAAAUUCUCAAUCGAAUAAAGAUUUGUACAAUGGUCAGUUCAAUAAUGAGUAUUACGGACCACAAAACAAACAAAGAUCGAGGCUCCCGAACCCAGGGGACACGGACUAUAGAACGUACGUGUAUAACAACAGGCGAUACGGAACAGAUCCUUCAAGAUACAAUCCAUAUAAUCCCAAUAUAAAUCAGCCCGGAGGCUUCCCAUACAAUCCCAUUGAUACUAACCCAUUGGAUGAACAAUUUAAAUAUAAUACUAACAGAGACCCAAAUAAUCCAGACGCUCUAUUCCCCGGUGUGCUCGGAGGCUGGAGAGAAGAUCUACAAGGAAAAGAAAGAAGAGAUUCACGACAACUUAAGAGAGAUAUAUUUGUGAACACUAACUACGGACAAGUGCAAGGAUUUAAGGUAUAUCUAUAUGACAAUCCCGAUCCUAAUUCCGGUUAUCGACCGUGGUUGACUCCGGUUGAGAGGAUACAAGGUGAAGUUUCAGUGUUCCUCGGUAUACCAUAUGCUAGACCACCUGUCUUGGAAGGCAGGUUUAAGCCUCCCCGCCAACACCCCGGCUGGCAGCUGCUGCAGGCGGUGGACUGGGGUCCCGCCUGCCCCCAGCCGGUCCGCUUCACCGGCGCCACUAAGGGCAUCAGAGAUAUGGAUGAAGACUGCCUCUAUCUAAACAUAUUCUCGCCUAACACUGAAGCGGGUGCCACUGCUCAAAGGUACCCCGUGAUGGUUUACAUCCACGGUGGACAGUUUUCAUCAGGCGCGUCUAAUCUCUUCCCCGCACACGUUAUGGCAGCCUUCUACAACGUGGUCGUGGUCUCUAUAAACUAUAGACUUGGAGCUCUUGGUUUUCUUUCUACCGCUGAUGAAAACUCUCCCGGGAACUACGGUAUUUUGGACCAGGUGAUGGCUCUGCGCUGGGUUCGUGAUAAUAUUGGCCCCUUCAACGGAGACGCGUCCUCUAUAACUCUAUUCGGACCAGGAGCUGGCGCUGCUUCAGCCGGAUUACUGGCGGUCGCGCCACAGACUAGAGAUAUAGUCAGCCGGGUGAUCGCACAGAGCGGAUCAGCGCUAGCAGAUUGGGCGCUAAUACAAGACAAGUUCCGCGUUCAGAACACGUCCCUGGUGUUUGGUCGGCUGUUGGGUUGUCCCAUAGACUCCUCGUGGAAGCUCGUCAACUGUUUGAAACAGGGCAGGAGCUUCUAUGAACUUGGGAACGCUGAAUUUCAGCCACAAGUGGGUUUCAUACCCUGGGGUCCCGUAUUAGAGGACAACUUUUCAUUCCCUGGUGACGAGUGGUACGAGGGUUGGCGCGCGCGGGACUGGCGGUUCCUGGACACUACGCCGGACACGUUGAUAAAACAGCGUCGGUACAGUCCUAACUUCCGAUACAUGACCGGAGUUACAACGCAGGAGGCGGCUUAUGUGCUAUAUAAAAACGAGUCUCUAGCUCCUACGUACUCAAUCGAGGAGCGUUGGUUCAACCAGAAGGUGAGCGAGCUGGUCCUCCGCUACAACUACACGCUGAACCCUCGCGGAGUGUACGAGGCUGUCCGCUACAUGUACACAUACCACCCCGAGCCGCACAACACUAGCGCUAUACGAGACCAGUACAUACAUCUACUAUCCGACUUUCUAUAUCGAGCGCCGACCGACAAGAUAGUGAAGUUGUUACUAGAGAAUAAAGUGCCAGUGUACAUGUACGUACUCAAUACGACGGUAGAAGCGUUCAAUUGGCCGGAGUGGAGGCGUUACUCACACGAUGUAGAACAUUUCUUCCUAACCGGUGCUCCAUUCAUGGAUCAAGAGUUUUUCCCUUGGAGCCAGAGACUCGAUCGACAAGCGUGGACGAACAAUGAUAGAAAUAUGAGCCACUUCUUCAUGAAAGCCUUCUCAGAUUUCGCUAGAUAUGGUAAUCCAACCCGGUCUCGUAUCUUGGGUCUACACUUCGAGGCGGCUGAGGAGGGACAACUCCGCUAUCUGAACUUGAACACUACAUACAACUCGUCCAUACAACUCAACUACCGACAGACGGAACUGGCUUUCUGGACGGUGUACCUGCCUACGGUUAUAGGGAGACUAGUGCCUACAUACCCGCCUAUCACUGAGUACUGGUGGGAGCCGAAGCAGCCUCUCCAGAUCGCCUUCUGGUCGGUGUCGAGCGCCUGUCUCGUGCUCAUAGUACUGCUGGUCGUGUGUUGUAUGCUGUGGAGGAACGCUAAGAGAGAGUCGGAUCGCUUCUACGACGGCGACAUAUUUAUGGUGCCGGAGGUAGAGGAAAGCGGCAUAGACAACAACACGCGGUCCAGAGACAAUAUAUACGAGUACCGUGACACGCCACUCAAGUCACCCGCCACGCCACAAACUAUUACCAGGACGAUAAGUCAGCCGGCCACUCUUCAGUCCUCAGCGGUGUCAGAAGUAUCUUCUUCUAGUCUAUCGUUGAAGGAGCCCCCGACAGUGGCGCCGCGCGCGGCCUCAAGAACACAACUUGUACGAGGAGUGCCACAAACUACUGUAUAA